GUAAAGUGAAGCAGAUCUACUGGGUAUUUUCCUUUCCCCCAUGGCCUCCAAGGUGGGUCGGAAUUUGGAGUCGCCGGAAACCCUGGGCGGCGGAGGCCGGACCAGACUCGAGUUCCCUCCUCCUGCACCAAAGGGAGUCGCCGCCGCCUGGUCUCUUUUAACCGCCGCGGGGAAGGGUUCCAGAAAGCUGACUCUGAUCUGGAUUACAUUCAAUACAGGCUGGAAUAUGAAAUCAAGACUAAUCAUCCUGAUUCAGCAGGCGAGUUAUCACCACUGACUGAAGAAGAGAAAACUGCAGCAGAGCAAUUAAAAUCUCACAUGUCAGAU